AUGCGUUUCGUAAAAUAUUAUUUCAAACGCGACAAACUUCAUUUCAGUCAAGAAUCGAGUAAUACUAUGACCAUGUUUUCAGCCGUUCGUCGAUUUUUCAAAUUUAUUCACUGGCUCUAUUUGCAAUAUUUACUUAACACAGCAUUAUACAUGCUCGAACCAUGGGAACGAGCCUUGUUUUCAACAUUGCUUGUUGCAAUUAUAUCCACAGCGAUCUACUCCGCUUGGGUUUUUCUGCCGCAUCAUCUUCACCAUAAUUCGAACUCAAAAAUGGUAAGCAAUGAUUCUCUGUCGACUAAACAUGAACGGCAAUGGUAUCAAUCAUUCACCGAAGCGAUCGAACGGAUGUAUAUGCGAUUUCUACUAGUGACAACACUGUAUGUUAUGGAGCCGUGGGAACGAUAUUUAGUGCUCACCAUUGCUUUUCUUGUUAUCACACUUGUUACGUAUUCCGCAAUUGUUUUCAUUCCAUUCCACGUUGCUAAUAUCAUUCGAUCAACAGUUCCAAUUCUAACCGAUGUUCUUCUAUAUUGA